UAUGGUUGCUUGGAUACCGUUUGUGUGCAUCUUAGGGGCGGAUUUAACGGAUUCUGUCAGCCGCCGGCUUAAAGCGUUCCAGCGAGAAGCUCAGUUUCGGCGUCAGGGAACACCGAUCACUCAUUCACUCUAUUAUCUGCUAUUAUCUGCAUAACAGAACCGGGCGGCCGGCACUUACCCCAGAGACCAAAGUUUGAAGACAUUAAGAUAUUUUGAUACAAUGUCUGAAGAUUUUGGAGCCAUUUCUUCUGAAAUGAAACCAAAGUCAAUGACUCGUGCAAAGCAGUGGUCAGAUGAGAUUGAAAACCUCUACAGGUUUCAAACAGCCGGGUAUCGAGAUGAAUUGGAAUACAAACACAUUAAACAUGUAGAACUGGUGGAUCGCUGGCCUGAGACUGGCUUUGUGAAAAAACUUCAAAGAAAAGAUAAUACUUUCUAUUAUUACAACAAGCAAAGGGAAUGUGAAGAGAAAGAGGUCCAUAAAGUUAAAGUUUAUGCAUAUUAAAAAUGUCAUUUGUAUUCUGUGUA